GUGACGGCAAUGAGUCGUUAUGGUCAUCGAGGACGUCGCUUGAACGGUUGUUACAUAAAUGGAAGUAGCACUUCGACGAGUAGUGCUAUCUCGAAUGGUUAUGCAGCUGCUCUUCAUACGAACAAUGCAAAUGGAUCGAUAGGUAGUCAGUCGUCGGCAUGCACACAACAACAACCAAAGAAUCCGAAGUUGUACAAAACUGAAUUAUGCCGAUCGUGGGUGGAUCACGGUCGUUGUAAUUAUGGUGACCGAUGUCAAUAUGCACAUGGUGAAGAAGAGAAACGAACCAUACCGCGUCACCCCAAAUAUAAAACUGAAUAUUGUCAAUCUUAUCACGAGUCUGGCUACUGCCCGUAUGGACCGCGAUGUCAUUUCAUUCAUAACGAUGAACAACAACCUUCUGUCAACUCCACCCGAAACAGUCGUCUACCUACUGUUAAUUUCAGUGGAGCUGCGUUAACGGUGGUGGGUAAUGGUGCUGCAUCGAAUGGUGCGGUGAAUGGUAAUGCAUUAUCAGUGAAAGGUAAUGGGAAGGGGAAAGAGUUGAUUAGAGUGGAUGGAACAACGACCUCAACAUCACAUCAUACGUACAGUGGUUCGACCGGCGAUUCGCCUGUUCCCAGUUCAACUGGCUCGGGAAGUGACAGUCCGGUGGGCUCGAUUGAUCUGGAUGGCGAGAAUUUUUGUGCGGCUGCUGCUACUGGAGCGAAUUCGUGCUCUUGGAGCACCACGCUCACUUGCAAUCCACAGCAACAGAACACUUCGGCAACGUAUUUCAACUGGCCUACGGCGACAUCUUACAACAAUGGCAUUGAUAUAUUCAGCGAGUCAACAUCAACUGCAAACGGAAUUCUCGGAUCGUCGUUUAGUGUCACGAAUGAUUGGGAUAAUCAUAGCAUCAAUAACAAUAAUAAUGAUGCUGCUUUAUUGGUCAGUCAGUUCUGGGAAUGGGGGGGUCUUCAAGAUGUGCAAUCGCCCACCUCUCUCUCGUCGCCCCAAAAUUUCUCAGUUGGAUCACCCACUCAACCGCUAACCCCGCAGUCCCCGCCGCAACAACCUAGACUACCUAUAUUUGCACAAAUCAGUAAUGCAUCCUCGGUAUCCUCCUCGCUAUCAUCCUGA